AUGUACACUUUUAAGUGGAACAAGCCUGAUGGUGCAACAGUCACAGUUGAAUGUAACCGAGGUUUUGAGCUGAACGGCCCCUCUCAAGCCAAAUGCUCGAAUGGCAUGUGGACACCAACUCUGGGAAUUUGCCUACUGAAAACUUGCACCAGAUUAUUGCCGCCCGUGCAGCCAUGCUCUGCUUUAGCGGCUCCUGCUGGCGCUUCACUCACUUAUUCGAAUAGCAGCAGUGCCCAGACCGAGAGCUGCUUCGUGCACCAACGGAAUCUGGACUCCCGCCAGUCUCGGAACAAUGUUACUCCAAUGGCAACCUCCCUCCACUGCCUGCUAGGAAAAUGCUCGCCAAAAUUUGUUCUCAACGCAAUCGUUAACUACAGUGAUAAUGGCUUGUUUAAGCUCCAAAAAGAUGAUGGAUCGAUGGCUACGCUAACCUGUUUUCGGGUAUGGUUCCCGAAGGACCCACAUCGUCGUACUGUCAAAACGGGACUUGGACGCCUGAACUUGCUGAUGCUUGCUUCAUUCGUUGUCCGAAAUGAGGUCAAUUAUAUUAGAGAGCUUCUGAAAUAA